AUGUCAUUAGAUAACACAAGUAAAAGAAAUUUACAAGACAGUUUGUUUAGUUCUGACGAUGAUGAUGAUGAUGAUAAUCAAACUCAAAAUCUAUUUAUAAAUGGAAAUCAAAGAGAAGAGAAAGACAAUGACAAUGAAAAUGGUGCAAGUGGUGGCGGUGGUAGAGAUAGACGAGGUGAUAGAAUCACAUAUCAUAGUUUUUUUAAUGAUUUAAAGAAUGGUGGUGUAUCAACAUUGAUUGGUUUCCAUUUAUACUAUAUAUUUGGUAUUGGAGGUAGUGCAAGUCACCACCAAAAGAAUCACAAUCAUAUAGUAAAGAAUAGAGUAAUUAAACUUGGAUUUAAUGUUAUACAUCAAAUGGUGACAUUGGCAUUUUUUGUGUUUGCAUUGGUUAUUACUCGUAAUGCUAUAGAAUGGCUUAUUGCAAUGGCGAUAAACCGUGUGUUGGCAUACCAAGCCUAUAAAAUGGCAACCGUCUAUCACUUGCAAUCUUACAUUCUCUCCAAUCAACACCAUCGAUAUGCUCCGAGAUACUUGACGGCCUACAAGAGACUGUGCAAACUGCUGGUGGCUAUGAUGUGGGUCGUGGCAGUGGGUGUGGUGGCAUGGAACCUAUUCCUACUCUUUAAAAUGGGUCAAUUGUUGGAUCGGUCGACUUGGGGUAUCGUCACCAACACGACCAUUAUUUUUGGACGUGUCUUGACGGUAUUUAUGUGUUCAUUGGUCAUCAUGCUCAUCUAUAUCACCUUUUUCUUGCGUGUUUGCCAGUACCAUAUGUUUACCAAAUUGUUGUCCAACAAAAGCCCCCAAGACACGGCUUGGGAGGACACAUGCGAGGUCAAAACCGUCGACGAUAUCAUCGAUGUCUACUAUUCGGUCAAUGUCUCGUUGGGACAGUCUAGCAGUGACUGGCGAUACACUCUACUCGUAUCGGUCGUUCUUUUGACCGUCUAUUGGGUGUAUGGCACAAUCGCCUACUUUGUCGAUGGUAUCUACAACGAUGUUCUUUGGGUGGCCGCAGCACCACUCCUCGUCAUUGUCAUCCUCGUGCCAAUCCUCUACUGCAACUUCAAGUAUGAGAGUAUGCUCUCAACUAUCAAGACAUGGCGUAUAUUUGCAAUGGACGAGAGAAUAUUCCUCAUGUCCUAUAUCGACCACCAUCCACUUGCCGUCAUCGACGCGACAACGACAAACGUUGAUGGUCGUUCACGAGAGAGGAGGAAGACGAGUAUACAACCAGUGAGUAGAGAUUCAAUCGCAAGUCAAGAGACUCUCUCUCUCACCCCGUAUUUCCCAAAGGGAGGUGGCAACCCAUCUAAGCUAGACAGACAGAUAAGACAGAUAAGAUAG